CCCAUAAGAAGCAUGUGCUUUAGAAAUGGGGUGGAUGUAGCUACUAGCUCGAGAGUAUAAAGGGUAGCAGUCAUCAUUCAGUAGAUCCAUCAUCAAUGAGUGCGUACACAUCUCAGGGUUGGUCUGCAAAUGGCUCUGCUGUAUAUACAGGAGAUCCCAGGGGCUCUCAUGAGGUGGAAAGAAGGCCAGAAGGAAGUGGAGACUUUGGAGUAAGACAGAAUGGUCGUGGGCAUAUGAAAGAUUUCCACGAUAGAGACUCUCCUCCAAACAACUAUAACAGGAGUCAUGGAGACAGACACUACCGCUACUCCUCAUCACCACCACCAGAGAGGGGACAAUAUUAUCCAUCUGAGCGAGCUAAGUAUCACUACAAUGGACACCCUCCGCAAAGAUCCUCUUUAUUACCUCUGCAAAGGCCUCUGCCUCGACACAGACACUCCCACAACAAUGUACCAUAUGCAUGGUACAGAGAGAGAAGACAGCCAUAUGUUUAUGAUGAGAGAAACAGAGGUCCCAUUCUCUCCUCUCCGGUGCUCACUGGAUCUGAGCAUCAUCGUAGUCCCAUUCUACCCCCUCCUGUGAUCACUGGACCUGAGCAUCAUCAUGGUUACAACGGUGGAAAUUAUUAUCCAAUUCCUCAACAGAACCUGGCACUACCACCCCACUCAUUUCGAGAUCCUAGAAUGAAUCGGAAAAGUGUUAGCGAUGGCGCAAGUAAUCAGUUUAAGUCUCAAUAUCAGAGUCUCUUGUUUCAGAUAUAUAGAGAGCAUUCCUACUGUGAUAAAACUUCAACAGGGGGCAGGAACAGUACAUGUAUGGAGUGUGAGUCGACAUUGCCACGAACACUUCUUAGUGUUGUUCCAAAGAAGAUUUUGAGACAGGCCUCUGAACCAUCACCACCUCGUCAAGUUACCACUCCAAAACCUGUAAAAGUUCAGCUUCCUGUCAGAAUAUCACACUGGCCUGUUGUAAGCAAUCACUCUGUUGAAAACUUUGCAAUGGACCUAGGAGAAGAUAUUGACUCUGGUGUCGAUAGUGCCACUGACGAGGAGAGAAAGGUUAAAGCUGAUGUCACGACAGAAGAAAUAGUACCUGCUGUAAGAAAGCCUUUUCACUUGCCAAGUGGAUGUUGGAGGUUAUCUCCAGUACUUAACAAAAUUCUAGAGCAUCCUCAAGAGGACGACGUACAGAGCCAAGAAAAACCAAUCGUUAAUCAACAAGUUCAGCCUAUGAGAAUUGGGAACUUGGAUAAAAAGCAACAGAGUGAGGUGAAGAAAAAGUAUAAGCGGAGAGUAAAAAGAAGGUUCACAGCAAAAAUUGACAAAAAGAAAAAGAAUCAGAAUCAAAAAAGUUCUAUGAAUAAUGGUGUACCGGCUGAAAUCAAGCUCCUUCUGUCUGGAGACUUCACUCCUGAGAUCCUGACAUCUCGUAGCCGUGCUGAAUCCUUUGCCCUUGCCCGACGUGAGGUAAUGGAGAAAGAGAUUGAAGUACACGAGAGAGAGCGUAUUCAAACUGCCAGGAAGGGCACGGACACUGACGAUUCUGGUGUACCAAAUGGUGUGCUCAAUUUGAAUUGCACAACAGACACGAGUAGUGAGUAUUCUGCUGCUAUGACAACAAGCAGCUCUCAAAGUAUAUCUCUAGACCAAGGGUCGUCAUCACAUGACCUGGACUCUGGAUUGCAAGACCUUGACUCUUCGGUGCAGGACACCAUUUCAGUGUUGAGCUCAGAUAGUUUGUUGGACGAAUUUCCUCCUGAAGUUGUUGCGCGCUGCAAGAAGAUCGCACAUGACAAAAGCUCUGGAGACACUCCUCUCCACAAAGUCUGCCGCAGAGGAAAAAUGGACAUGGUGCGCUGUCUCCUGUUCUACAUGAAGACAGACCCCAAUGUAGCAGACAACGCUGGAUGGACCCCUCUCCACGAGGCCUGCAGUAACAAUCGUCUUGUAAUUGCCAAUUACCUGCUAAAGAGUGGAGCUGAUGCUAAUGCUAGUGCCAGAGAUGGGACAAGGCCAAUUCAUGAUGCUAUUGAUAUUGGUGCUCUGGACAUAGUCGAGUCUCUUGUUCAACAUGGAGCUGACCCUACUGCUGAGCUGGGUGACAAGACCCCUCUGUACCUAGCCAAAACUACUAAUCAUCCACAGAUCUAUGACUACCUUCUGCCCAUUGUCAAUGACUACCAGGCUCGUAGGAAAGCACUGCAGAUGGCAUCCAGUGUUGCUCCGUCUACGAAGUCCGCUAAAACAGUGAUCAAACACUCAGUCGAGGCCCAAUGUGAUGACGAUCUGCUCACUCUACCAAUCAACGGCUACGACAAAAAUUCUGCAAGCUUUGGCAAAGAACUUGAUUUCCCUCUAGUGUACAUAUGUCCUAUUCUGGAGCUGUCAGAUGCCCCCAUGCUGACAGUCUACAACUUUGAGAUAGUUGUGGGGUGCAGUAACCCAAGGAGGCACAACUUCUACCUACUCCCUGAGCUACUAGACGCACUAGGUAUGAGUGAAUCACAACUGAGACAACACUGUUCGGAAAUUUCCGCUCUUGAGAUGACAGCGGGGGAUUUUUCAGCACAUGUGCAGAAGUCUGUUUAUGUCCAUACUCCUGCUAGUAUCAUGGCAAUGCCCCAAAAUACCAAGAUCAAGUUGUUGCCAGUUUGUUCACAACUACGGCAAUUGUUGGACAUUCAGAUUGUUAAUCUUGAUGAUUAGUAAUAAUUAUUUGUCUUCUUUAAAUUUAUGAAUUCCGUAUUAUCAUUAGUUUUGUAUGCACAAUAAUUAUCAAACAGGGAUAUAUAUAUGCAAGAAUUUCAA